UUGACAAGUGAGGGUGCUUGCCCUUGAACUCAAUACAUGGAGCUCCCGUUAUGAUUAUUGUCCUCAUUGUUAUUCUCCCUUUCUACGAAUGGGGCACAAUACAAUACAAUACAAUAGUGCUCAGCUCCCAGUGGUGGAUGGGAUUAAACGAGCUCCUGCAUGUGAAACGCUGCACAAGGUUCCUAGCACAGAGGGAGUUCAGUUAAGUGCUCAAGCGACAAGGCGGAAGCUGGAACGCAGAGCUGGGAACGGCUUUGGAGUUCCGGGCCGCGAGGAAUGCGGAGUACCCGGCGCGCCACCCGCUGGGGCCCAACGCGCUGACGCACGGUCAUCGGCGCCGCGGCGGCUCGCUCGACCCCCUCGGCCGACUUCGGUUCUGGCUCGCUGGGCCCGAGACGGGCUGACCCACGAUAGAGACCGCCUGGUGGGAAGAAGCCGGUGGCUCUCCCCUGGCCUUCGGACUGAGAACAAUCCGGUAAAAUCGGGACAGUGGGCCGGGCCUACGUGUUUUGGGGCACCGCCUAGAAUGCCCCCCUCCGUGGGUUUAGGAGGCGCGGGGGCCUGCGACUGCGGACUGCGCAAGCGCGCCUCCCCGGCCGCGCUCUCUGCCGCCUGGUCCCCGCAGCCGCCCGCAGAGCCGCGGAGGCAGCGCCAUGGUCGCGGCGCUGUUUGGCUGCUGGUUCCGCGUGGGCGGGGCCCGCGCUGGGGUGUCCGGCCCGGUGAUCCCGGUCGGCCCGGUUUUGGGAACUCGGCACCUUCCAAGGAGGCAAGCACAGAGGCAGGGCGGGCAGAGCUCCUGGAGCGAGUGCUACGAGACCUGGAGGUGCACAAUGCCGUCUUGGUGAGCCCCUCUCUGAGUGGCCGCUACGCCCUGCCCUUCCUGAUCCGAGGCCACCACCAGCUGCGUGGAUUUGUGCCCAUUGCACCCGCCUCCACCCAGAACUACACCCAGGAACAAUUCUGGGCCGUGAAGACCCCGACUCUCAUCCUGUAUGGGGAGCUGGACCGUAUCCUGGCCCGAGAGUCACUGCGGCAGCUCCGCCACCUGCCCAACCACUCUGUGGUGAAGCUGCGUGAUGCAGGCCACGCCUGCUACCUCCACAAGCCGCAAGACUUCCAUCUUGUCCUCCUGGCCUUCCUUGACCGCCUGCCUUGAGUUCACCCACUGACCAGGCCCCAGGCCUGGCCUGAGCUGGGAGAGUCUGGACCAGUGCCCCACCAGGGAGGCAGCCCCUGGGAUUGGAGGGUUGAGGCCAGAGGGCUGGGCCUAGUCGGGACCUCUCAUUUCAUCUCACAGGCACAAUAAAAAAAAAAAA